AUGAAGAAGAGCAGAGCAGAGCGAUACAGCAACGCUGAAGUGGCAGUGUUGGUGGAAGAGGUCUCAUGCAGACCUACGCUAUUUAGUCCUUUCACCAAUGCUGUGACUUCAAAGUCCAAACAAAGGGAAUGGACUGAAGUUGCUGAAAAAGUUAACAGUGUUUCACAUAUAAAAAGGAGUUUUCGCGAUGUCAGGAAAAAAUGGCAUGACUUGACAAGUCGCACUAAACAGAAAGAGGCAAAACUGCGUGCGGCAAUGUGCCAGAAAAGUGGUGUGAGGCCCAGUCGACUGACAGAGUGGGAGGAGAAGGUCAUUGAAGUAAUUGGAAAGACUGCAUUGAAGGGGAUUACAAAAUUAGUAGGAAGUGACAGCUGGUCACCUGCAAGUCAGGGUGGUCCCCCUUGUCUGCCUAGUGUCUGUUUAGCAUCCAAUGAACAUCCUACAUGCAGUUAUGCAGAGGAAAGUAAUUCAGAAUACAGCUGUAUGAGUACUGGCAAUGAAGAGGUCCCAGCUGCAAGCACUAGUCAUGAAACGGCAUUAACAAUAGGUGCCAGCAAAAGAAUUUAUGAGGUAGAAAAAGAGAGGUUGCAAGUGGAAAAAGAGAGGCUGGCAGUGGAGAGAGAACGCCAAUUUAGUGACACUAUUGAGUACUUCAACACCAGUAGCCUUAAGAAGUUUAUACUUGCCUCUUUAGCUUUAACUUAA